UUCUCCAAACAUUUCAAUUAGAUUUCUGUAAUCAAUAAGUGUAAGUAACAAUGGAAUCCACCGGCAAAGUGAAGAAAGCUUUCGGAGGUAGGAAACCCGGCGGUCCAAAGACCAAAUCGGUUUCGAAAUCGAUCAAAGCUGGUCUCCAGUUCCCUGUAGGAAGAAUCACUCGUUUCCUGAAGAAAGGACGAUACGCUCAGAGACUCGGUGGUGGUGCACCGGUUUACAUGGCCGCCGUGCUCGAGUACCUCGCCGCCGAAGUUCUGGAGCUUGCUGGUAACGCAGCGAGAGACAACAAGAAGACGAGGAUCAUACCGAGGCAUCUUCUUCUUGCGAUAAGGAACGAUGAAGAACUGGGAAGGCUUCUGAGUGGAGUUACGAUUGCUCACGGUGGUGUUUUGCCUAACAUUCACUCCGUUCUUCUCCCUAAGAAGACGGCUUCUACUAAAUCAACUGAGGAAAAGGUCUCCAAAUCACCAGUCAAGUCUCCCAAGAAAGCUUAAAAUCUUUGCGAACGAGAUCUUAUGUUUGUGUUGGGCUUUGGUGGAUGUAGUUAAAUUCAAGCUUUUUAAUCUUAGUUUUUAUGUAUUUUGUUGUUAGAUGUUUGUUCAAAAUCCAUUUCCUGAUUAUAAGAUCCUAUCUGCUUUGUCCUUAA